AUGGAUGCGUACUGCCGCUAUGUGAUGGCAGUGGAGGAGGUACCUGUGCCAUCCAGCGCGCCUGACGUGCCUCCGUCGUUCCACCGCAACGGCCUCCUGCGGCCCCGCAACACGAAGCACGACACGAGGCAUACCGACAAAAGCACUGCGGAGAGUGCCGCAGCGCUGUCACUCUCCCCGUCGCUGCCUCCUUCCCGUCCGUUCAAGAGAUUCAAGCGGGGGAUGCGGAUGGCGGAUAAGCGCCUCCCAAGGGCGUCGCUUGACGCAGCGUUGCCAGCGGGCGGCGCUGGCGCUCACGAGAAGCUCGUAUCAGCAGCUGGCGUGCAGGCUCCUUCGUCCGACGCGCUGACGACGGCGAUGCGGCAGGCACCGCUCUCGCUGUUCGGCGACAAUGCAGAGAGCCUCCCACACGCGGAGCGCUCAGGAGUGCGAGUGGUGGGCAUAGGCGACUCCACUGCCCAGUUUGGAGGGAGCGAAGUGGAGAGGAGGCACGUUGUCAAGGCAUCGCUUCGCAGCGGCGGCGUCGUGCUGGCGGUGGAGCAGGAUCGACUAUGGAGCACAGAGCGGGCGCGCGUGAUACCGACGUGCCGCGACCGUCGAAAGGAUGGUGUGGUAUGCCGCGUGGAGCCACCGUCAAGCGGCAGCGCCGACGCUGAGAUGCAGGAUAAUGAGUCGGCUGCACCUGCGGAGACUGUUGCGAAGGACAGCGCCAAGCAGCCACCGCGACAGGGCCGAGGGACGAGGCAGCAAGCCUCAGCAGCAGCCACGGCAGAGGUGAAGGAGGCGACGCUUGCUCGCGAGGCGUGGAUAUCGUCCCUCUACACGACGGUGGAUGCAUCCGAGGAGAUACCGCUGCAAGACCAGGUAAAGGUUAACCCCUCGGCUGGGGUAACUGUGAUGGCGACUAACGAUUCGGCGUCCGCCUCUCCCCCACUGCGCCGCUCCAACAAGGCAGCAGCGAGCAACACCGUGGUAGCCAGCGGGGGCCCGUUCGCCGUUCCGGCGGACCGCAUGGCGCUCUCCUCCUUUGACGACAAGCGGCCGACUGCGCGCAAAGGCAACGGUGGCGUUGCCCGCACCCAGCAGCCGUUCCGCGAUACUACACGAGUAGCGCGACCUGUUAAGGCAGCCGUCUCUGAGACUGCGCGCAGCGGGCACCAACACACACGUGCGCCUGUCGGAUAG